AUGAAUUUGUAUAGUCCAUCAAAUAAAAAAGCUAUUCAUAUCAAUUAACAAUAAUUGUUAAAUUAAAGAAAAUAUGAAAUCAGAAGAAUAGCAAGUGAAGGCAGAAAUUUUAAAUCAUAAAUCAAAGUUUAAGAUGAUGAAUAUUAUUUCAAUAGAAUAAUCGCAUUAAAAGCAGAAAAUGAUUUAGCCUAUAAUGAUUCAAAAAGACAAGAAAUAAGUCAAGUAUUGCUAUACAAAUAUCUAAUUAUAGAUUGAUGAGUAGAUUUAUAAGGAGUUAAACUUUAUUAAAAAUUAGAUUCAGACUGUUAAAAAUGAAUUAAAAGUAAUUAAUUAUAUUUAUUUCAAGCUAUGUGAUAGUGUAAGUUCAGGUAGAAAUAGAAGUAAUAAUCCAUCCAUAUUAAGUUCAAAAACUUUAGAAAAUAUGCAUUCAAAAUUAUCUCAUAUAUAAACAAAUAAUUCUAUCAAUCAAACUUCAAAAAUUAGAAAUUUCAGUAAUUAUGUCAUUGAAAAAUAAUAAAACCUAAGCCCAAAAUCUUAAUGUGAUUAAAAAAUAUCUAAUUCAUUUAUUAAAUGGAAGAAUAAAGCCUAAUAAGUUAAAAAAAUUGAGAAUAUCAAUAAUAAUAAUAUAAUAUAGGGUUAAUCCAAUAAUUAUUUGUUUUGCUUAUUCUCAAGAUUAAGUAAUUCCUCUAUUAUUUAAUUAAUUAGUAAGAAUAAAAUCAAAGUUAAUUAAGAAGAUAAAUGUCGAAAUUAAUUUUCCUAUAAAACUUACACAUUCAAAAAUAAUCUUAUUACUACAUUAAAUGAAAUAGACAAUUUUUAUAAUAAAAAUAGAUUCCAAAAAAACUUUAUGAUCAUUGGUGGUAAAAGCACUUCUAAAAAGAAAAUAGUAGAAUAAUUAAUUAGAUCUAUGAUUUUAUAACUUUAAUCUAAUGUUCUCUCAAUUAAGGUUUCAUAUGCUAUUAAUGGAUCAAUAAGUAAAUCUGAUGCUUUUAGAUAAUUGCCAUUCAAUAUAUAAAAUUAAGAAGUUGUUUUAUAUUAAUAAGAAUGCCAUUUAUAAGCUCCAGAAAUUAUAUUUCAUCAAUUGCAAUUAUUAAUUUAACAAUCGCUUACAGAUCCAUAUUAUUAUAUCAAAUAAUAUUUCCAUGAUUAAUUGUAAAUCUCAUAAAAUCCACAAAUCAAAAAAACUUUGAUAAACUUAAUUAAUAAGGAUAUUAAUUGUAUCAAAGGUUAUCAAAUUUAGUUAACUACAUAUAAUGAGAAACUUAAUUAUAAUAUUCUUACAACUAACUAUUUAAUCUCUAAUAGUAAUUACUCAAUCUUCACAGAUAAUAGUUAAAGUCUUCUUUAAAAAGGUGAAGGUCACAAAUUUAUAUUGGAUUGUUUGGAGCAGAUGAAUCAUGAUGAAACAGUUCGAUUAUUUUGCAUAAAUCCUUUAAGAUAUAGAAUUAACGAUUCCUUACAAUUACUUAAAAUGAUAAAUUGA